AUGGCUAACAUCAUUACACAUGUGGGUAACAGCCGGCGGCAGAAUGCGCCUUUACCUCCUUGGGCCCAUUCCAUGUUGAGGUCUCUGGGGCAGAGUCUCGGUCCUUUAAUGGUCAGCAUGGCAGAAAGAAACAUGAAGUUGUUCUCGGGGAGGGUGGUGCCAGCCCAGGGGGAAGAAACCUUUGAAAACUGGCUGGCCCAAGUCAAUGGGGUCCUGCCAGACUGGAAUAUGUCUGAGGAGGAAAAGCUGAAGCGCUUGAUGAAAACCCUUAGGGGCCCUGCUCGAGAGGUCAUGCGUUUGCUCCAAGCUGCCAACCCCAACCUAAGUGUGGCAGAUUUUUUGCGAGCAAUGAAACUGGUGUUUGGGGAAUCUGAGAGCAGUGUGACCGCGCAUGGUAAUUUUUUUAACACCUUGCAGGCCCAAGGGGAGAAAGCCUCCCUUUACGUGAUCCGUUUGGAGGUGCAGCUCCAGAAUGCUAUUCAGGCAGGCAUCUUAGCUGAGAAGGAUGCCAACCAGACUCGCCUGCACCAGCUCCUCAUAGGAGCUGAGCUGAAUAGAAAUCUGCGCUUCAGGCUUCAGGGUCUUCUCAGGAUGUAUGCAAAUGAGCAGGAGCAGCUUCCCAAUUUCCUGGAGUUAAUCAGGAUGAUAAGGGAGGAAGAAGAUUGGGAUGACGCUUUUAUUAAACGGAAGCGGCCCAAAAGAUCUGAGCCAGUAAUGGAGAGGGCAGCUAGCCCUGUGGCAUUUCAGGGCCCUCAGCCAAUAGAGAUCAGUAAUGCAGACUACAAUGGCAACGUGAUAGAGAUAGAUGAUACCCUUGAUGACUCAGAUGAGGAUGUGAUCCURGUGGAGUCUGGGGACCCUCCACUGUCAUCCUCAGGUGCUCCUCCCUUCAGGGGCAGGGCCAGAUCUCAGGACCAAGUGUUGGUCAUCGAUCCCCCCAGUAAUUUUGGAACCGAGGCUCCUUCCACCAGCAGUGGUUCUGGACAUAAGAUUAAUGGUCCUAGGGAUAUGCGCAGAGCCAGGAAGCGAAAACACACAACUCGCUGUUCCUUUUGUGGGGAGGAAGGACACUCAAAAGAAACCUGUGAUAAUGAGAGCAACAAGACCCAGGUUUUUGAGAAUCUGAUCAUCACUCUGCAGGAGCUAACACAUACAGAGGAGAGGGCAAGGGAGGUCUUUCGAGAACACAAGGAUCCUUCUGAGCCACAGUAUGGUGCUAGACCCAGCCCUAAAUGA